UGUCUGGAGAAUUAUUGUUGUCUAUUGGAACUAAAAAAAUAAAACAAAAUAAAAACACAGAAAUUUCCCCCCACCAAAUAUGCCGCCAAAAAUGAAAUUACCCCUCGCAAAGGCUGGAGCUGGCGGCGGUGAUGGCAAAAAAGGAAAGAACGGCAAAAAGAAGCAAAUUAUUGAGCCCGAGCCUGAGCCUGUUCUACAAGAUUCGGAUACUUCCUUCUUGGAAAGAGAAGUCGAUUUGAUAACCGAUCUUAAUGAUGACUUCUUUAAUCGGGCUAAUAAGACCAUACAAAUGCUAAUGGAAAAAGGAAGGACUUUCGAAGCUUCCCGCAUUAAAAAGUACACCGACAUUAUUUACAAUCUGCAUCGUCGUUAUGUGGAACAGCUUAAAGAGAAUGAAGAGUUGAGGCCGCAAGUCAUUAGGGCGGAAAAUAAAUUUCGUUUAGCCUUGGAAUUGACAGCUACUUCGGAGGAAUCAAUGGAAUAUCUAAAGGAAGCCUUGGGCAAUGCAUGGAAAGAGUCGGACGCCUCCCAGACGCGAGAACAAGAAAUCCAAGAAAAGUUCCAAGAGAUUCUCAUGAAAUGUGAAACAUUUGAGAGCAAGCAGGCGGAGAAACAGGAUGAUAGUGCUGAAUUUGGCCAUUUAUCCAAAUACAAGAAUAUCAUUUUACGUGAACGUGAUCGCAUCAAUGGUGAGGUUAUUGAUUUGGAAAAACGCCUACAAAUUCAACGCUACUACUCUGAAUCGUUGGAAUAUAUAAUUCACACCCAUGAGGAUACACUGAACAAGAUGGGUGUUCGCGUCAAAGUUUUGGCAUCGGAGAAGCAAAAUUUGGACACAAAAAUACGCACUCUAAUGAACAAUUUGGAGGAUCAAAAGGAAAUCAAUCACAAGACCAUGGAUAAAUUGGAUGCAACCACAAAGGAGCUCAAUGACACCAUUGCCUCCCUAAAUAAAAAAUCUGGAGAAUAUGAUCGCCUGAAAAUAGCUGCUGAUAAAUUGAAAAAUGACAAUGGCCUACAGGCUAAACAAUUGGCAAAAUAUGAAGAUGAAAUUGCCGAUUUACAUAGAGAGCAAAAAGAGGCCGACGAUACAAUUCGAGCACUACGCUUGGAGGAUAAAGUCAAGGGGCAUACCAUCAAUCAAUUGACAAAUAAAUACAAAAAGGCAGUGCAAGAUCACAGCUCCGUUUCCUCAAAGCUGUACAAAAUCAAUAGGGUCAACAAUGGUCUGAAUGAGGACAUUGUAAGGAUGAAAAAUCAGGCCAAUUCCUUGGAAAAGGAUCUCUUGAAUUCGGCACAAAAAUUCGAUGAAUUACGUCGUUUGAAGGAUAAUAUCCAAAGGGAACGGGAUAAUCUGAGGAGCGAUGUUACCAAGCUGAAUAAUCAAAUUGCCGAUUUACGUCACACCAUAAUGAUGCAGAGCAAUACCAUAGACAGUCUGCGUUUGGAUAUCAAUAAACUGAAUAUAAAAGUGGAUGAGGCUAAAAUCAAUAUUGCCAAGGCGGAAAAGGAGCGGGAUGAAAUGGCCCAAGAGGUUGAGAUGUUGCAUGAAAAAAUUGAGUAUUAUCAAGAACAAAUACAAUUGAAAACUGGCCAGAUAACGGAUCUCACCGAGAAACUUCAACAAAAGCAACAUGACUUGGUAAAUAUGAAAAAACAAUUGGAAGCAGUACACUCGGAGAAGAUGAUACUUCAACGAUCUUUGGAGACCUGUACACAGGAGCGGGACAAUUUCAGGCUUCUGCAAACGAAAACUUCCCAUCAAAUCACCCAACUAACAAAUGAAAUAGCAGCCAAUCAGAAUAAAAUCAACUCUCUCAAUUUACGCAUUGAGCAUUUGAAUACGGACAAAAAAGAACUGCAGUCGGAAGUGAGAAAUAAAGAGAAUCUCCUGAACGGCGUUCGCAAAGAUUUGAAAGAGAUGAAAUUGAAAAAUGAACAUCUCAUGAAAACCAUUUCCGAUGAUGAAUUGAAGUUCAUGAAAAUAUCACAGGAAUUGGAAGAGACGCGCAAAGAGAGGAAUCUAAUUGGCCUGCAAAUGGUUAGACGUAACGAUGAGAUUGUCUUGUUGAAAGAGAAAUUGUGUAUAACACAAACGGCUCUGGAUCAAGGACAAACCCAAUAUAAUCAACGUGUUGAGGAUAUUCGCCUGCUGAAACUGGAGAUCGGCAAUUUACAGACAGAACGUGAAUGUCUUUCACGUGCGAUCAAAAGUACCGCGGAUAUGCGUGAGGAAAUUAUACGUUUGCAACGUUCACUAAAUCAGGAGCGAAUACGUGUGCGUGCCUUGACCGAGGAUGCUAAGACACCCACUGGGGUGCAUCGUUGGCGCAUUCUAAAGGGUGAAGAUCCACCGAAAUUCCAACUGUUGUCAAAGGUGCAAAUGUUACAAAGACGCAUUUUAAAACAAGAAACUGAAAAAACCAAUCUACAAAAACAGCUACAAGAAUCUCAGAGAAUGAGCGAAUCAUUAAAGAGAAUUUUGGAGAACUUACCAACCACACAAGUCAAACAGAAGUUAGUCGAAACUCAGCGUAUCAACAAGAAACAGCUGAAGAAAUUAAAAGCUCUUAGCGCCGAACUGGCCAUCGAUGCGAUUGAGUUGAAGGCCCGCGAAUGUAUUAUCGAGGAAUUUAAAACCACGUUGAAAAUGACCAAAACUCAGAUGUGCGUCACGGAGGACACCCUCAAUUCGCUGUCAAGUUUGCUAGAGCCCACAGAAUAUUCGAGUCAAGAGAAUUAUGUUGACUGUGUUUUUACAACCACAGAUCCUUCAGUACAAAAUACCGAUUCGAAUAAAUCAAAUGAAAAAUUGGAAGAGGUAUGAAAAAUCAAGGUGGUUUUUAAUCUUAAUAUAAUCAUAAUUUGUAAUUUUUUAACAAAAAAAAAAUUAAAAAAUAUUAUGGCAUAAUAAAAAAGAAU